AUGCGGCCCUUUUCUUCUGCUGCGUCCCCCACUUGGCACAACCCGCAGCACCGGAGGCAGCAGCAGGAACAACAGCAGCAGCAGGAAUGGCAUCAAGAGGAGCUGAGCACGUGGGCGCGUCGGUCGCUGCUACGGCGUAACAUGAAGAAAUGCACGGAGCUGCAGGAGCAGCGCCACCGUCAGCAGCAGCAGCAGCGCGCUGCUGCUGCAGCGGCAGCGGCUGCGGCUGGCGCCCCUGCCAGAUCUGACCUUGAGCCUGUUGCCGCUUCUUCUUGCGCUUCAGCAGAAGCAGCAGCAGCGGCGGCGGCUGCAUCUCGCGUGGAGGCGCUCAGACAGCAGCACGCCAGGCUCAAGAAGCGGCGAGCUGCACCGCUGCCACGCAGUCACUGGGAUUUUGUAGGAAAGAGUGAUACCGAACCUGUUUCAUGCGUUGCUGCCGUUGCAUCUACCGCCGUGGGUGCUGCAGCUAGCAGCUAUGCGGAUGCUGCUGUUGCUGCAGCAGCAGCACAGGCUUCUCGAGAUUCUAUCUUCGAGGAAGAUGCCGGAGAGCCCCUCGACGCGGAUGCCCCCGUGCAGACUCCGGCAGCUCCAGCGGGCGGACCGGCGCGUUUCAUCACAAAGGCGAGAAAAAGCAAGAAAAAAGCAGUGUGGGAGUUGCCGGAAGGGCGUGAGAAGCGAGCAGAAGACUUUGAGGCCUCUCCUUCGCACACGCUAUUCCUGCAGUCCGCUGCCGCGUCUGCGCGUGCAGGAGGCCUUCUGAGUGGAGAGAAGCAGCAGGGUGACGUGCAGGUGAAGCCGCAAGAAAUCGAAGAGCAGCAGGAGGGCGAGAAUCAGCAACAGCAGCAGCAGCGGGAAGUGUUUGCGUGGCCAGAAGACUUCUCUGCACCUGGAAGUUCAGGCUGCAGAAAGCGGCAAAACAAGGGGUCUGAAGGCUCGCAGCAGUGGCAGCAACAGCGCCUCACAGAUAUGUGGGCUAAUAAGGCGGCUGCGGACAUGGCCUUUUCUGCUCCGCCGUUGGCAAGGAAAAAAGUGGAGCCAGCAAGGCUCAUGAAGCAUGCCAUUGGAGCCGGCUGUGCGUCUCAAGAGCAGAGUCGCUUGCAGCAGGAGCAGGCGCGAAGUGUGACUGCAGGCCUUGCGUCGGAGCCGCAGCAGGCGCAGCAGCAAGCGUGUAUUCUCGGCACUCCUGCCAGCAGUGCUGCUCUUGACGCUGGCGCGGCUUCAAAGGAGGUAAUCCGCAGCCGCCUUCCUCCUCCGCAGACGAGCAGCAGCAGCAGCAGCAGCAGCAGCAGCAGCAGGGAUGAGCUAAUGGACAGCGGUGCGCGUUUGGUACACCAGCUGAAGCAGCAGGCCCUGCAGUACGCCGCGGCAGGCGUCGACCCUCAGCUGCUGCAUCUCUGGCAAGGCGUGCAGAGUUACUAUCCUGGCAUUGAGAGGCUACGAAGGCAGCAGGAGCUUGCUGCUGCCGCCUCCGCGACGCUUGAGCAGUUGCUGGAAGAGGGUCGUUGUACCAGUGAGAACGUGGCGGCGUUGAUCCGUGCGAAGGGGCAGCAUGAAAGCCUUGCCAACGCAGUCCGUGUGUAUGAAGGGGCAGCUGCUGCUGGCCUUCAGCCAGACAGCGAGUGGUUUGUCUCCCUGUUGCUCGCGGCAGCGAAGGAGCGCAAUGCCGAGGCUUCCCGCCUGCUCUUUCUGAAGAUGCGAGCUCAGCUCCUACAGCCAACGGCUAAGGUCUACGCGGCUCUCGUGCAGGCGCAUGCAGCGGCAGGAGACACGAGCGCGGCAGCCGCCCUGAUCGCCAAGAUGGAAGAUGAGGGCUUGCCUGCGGACUGCGUGGUCUAUACGGUGCUCAUCGACAGUCUGGUGAAGCGGGGUGCUCACGAGGAGGCUCUGAGACUCUUCCGGGAUAUUCGAACCUGGAAAGGCAUACAGCCCGACGCCGUGCUGUUUACCGUUCUGAUCAAGAUGCACGCCAAACUCCAGGAGGCCGAGAAGGCACUGAAUCUGUACGACGACAUGCGGGCUUGCGGGGUACUCCCCACAGACGUUACGUAUACGGAGCUCAUUCAUGCGUGUAGCAGAAGGCGGGACUUUUUCUCUACGGCCUUUGACUUCUUCAAUCAAAUGAUCGCCGAAGAUAUGCCAAUUACCAACCAGGUCUACGAGCAUCUCGUUCAGGCAUGCGCGACCGUGGGAAGCGUUUCUUCGGCACGCGGCCUGGUGCAGGACAUGACGCGUCGGGGGGUCCGCGUGUCGCUAAGGUGCUACAACAGUUUGAUCCUUUUAUUUGCUACAGCUAGCCGUCUGCCAAACACAACGGAUCAGGAGCGAGCCAAUAAUGUUCGCUACGCGUGGCAUUUGCUGCAGUGCAUGCGUCAGCAUAAGAUCGAGCCACAGGUGCAGACAUUAAACGCAGUCAUACAGGUGUACAGACGCGCGGGCUUUGCACAGUACGCAGUGGACAUGCUGAAGCACUUCCAGGACUUCAACUUGGCACCAAACACGCAAACAUACGCCAUUCUUCUUCGGAUGUUUGCGAAAGACCUGAAGGAUCCUGGACGUUUCUUUGCAUUGUGGGACUUCCUACGGAAGGAGAACAGCAGCGAUUCUAGCGGCUCCGUCUCGUUCCCCUCGCUGCUGCGCUUGGCCCUUAACACCGCCAUGGAUUCUCAGUCCGCAAGUCGCACGAUCGAGGUGCUGAGGGAUAUGUACAGCCACAAAGUGUACCCUACACCCCAGCUGGCUGCUCGGCUAGCCGCCGUCGGACGGGAAGUAGUUGAAAUACACGAACUCGUCAACAACCUCCUGAGGCUGCAACAGCACGAAGUGUACGAGCGCAGUAGGAAGGAACAAAUGAUACUCCAAACGCAGCUUGAUCAGCACGACCUUGAGGUAAGCAGACACGGAAAACCGAAUAUCCGGUCUAACGAGACAGAAGAGCAAAAGAUCAGAAAAGAGAUCUUCAAGAAGAAAGACCAGCAGAAGAAGCAGUGGCUGCCUCUAGGAGAUUACAUUCAGAGCAAACAAAAGGGAGGGGAGGCCUAUGCGCGUAGGCAUGAUCGGCCGACUCCGAACCUCAUAGAACCCUGA